AUGGCCUCCGAAUCGCGGCUCUACACCUUCUCCCAGGAGACAAAGGACCACCUGCGCAAGUUCCGCCUCGGGACCUCGCGGUCUAGCAGCGCUCAAGCUGUCAUUUACUACAUUGAUAAGAACACGCACGAGAUCAAGCAAGACGACGACAAGGUCGUGUACAAGUCCCUCGAGGAAGUUAGCGACGACCUCCCAGACCAUAGCCCGCGCUUCAUUCUGCUGAGCUACCCGCUUACACUGGCCUCCGGCCGCUUGUCGGUCCCGUACGUCCUGAUUUACUACCUCCCUACCACCUGCAACAGCGAGAUACGGAUGCUCUACGCCGGCGCCAAGGAGCUGAUGCGGAAUACGAGCGAGGUUAUUCGCGUGAUUGACAUCCGAGAGGCUGAGGAUCUGGAGGAGAUACCGGAGAAGUUGGGCGCUGAGUAA